AUGGCUUCGUAUAUGGAAUCAGAGUAUGCGUUGAUGCCUCCUGUGAUCCAGUUGGAUAGUUACGAGAAUUGCACACAAGAUGCUAAGUGGCUGUACUGCAAGGCGGAAUUUGUUCUCGUAUCAGACGAGUACAAUCCACGUUUGGCUAUGAUAGAGUUGUACUUUUUUGGACCAAUGCCAAUAAUAUUGAACGGGCCGCUGAUAAUCCAGACGUUUUUGGUGAUUUCUUCUUUCCUCCUUAUAUUUAUCUGGCUGAAAUACUCUGAGAAAAACAAACCUUCAUGGAAGAUGAUCCCGAUACAAUUCCUCAUGAGGUGGACCAGAUUAACUCCAUCGUACGCCAUUGUGUUGGCCUUGACAGCUUCUAAGUUUGGGAGAAUAUCAUCUCAGCCGAAUUGGAAGAUUGUAGGCAACGAGAUAGCUGAUUGUCGACGCGACUGGUGGAAGCACCUCCUCUACAUCAACAACUAUUUCGACAACUCCGAGUAUUUGUAUAGAAGCAUCAUCGAGUGGCGUUUCUGGCGGAUCCCGAGUCAGUUGUCAUAUAGUGCAUACCUCCUGCAUUUUUUCUUCGUGAGAAAAUACGCGGUGACUUUGACGUCUACCCGCGUUGUAUCGGCUUGGACUGUUAUGUACGACGUGCACAUUGUCAUAGUACACACUAUGUUAGCUGCCACAGUCUUCUGGCUGCUAGUGGAUGCCCCGCUGGCAAACCUCAGACAAUACUUCUUUAAAACGAAUAUAUUCGAAGAAAAGAAGAAAGUGAAAUAA